AUGGCAUGUCCAAAACAGACAACAACUAAAAAAAUGUCUGAAAAUAACCCACAAGAAAUGAUUGAACAGGUUACUUUAAACCAUCAUGAUGAUGAAGAGAAACCAACCACAGCCAGCGAAGACUCAUGUAUGGAUGAAGUAACUCAUUCUUGUGAUGAUGGUGAAGGAGAUCAACCGGAAAAGCAAGUUAAAGUUGCCGAGAGUUUGGAAAGUAAUCUUGAAUCUGUGGAGGUUGUCAAUCAUGAUACUACUUUUCCACAACAUGAUGAAUCUGGUGAGCAGCAUAAUGAAGAGCCAAUAGUGGAGGAAGAGGUUGAUCAGGAGUUGCAGGCAAUUAAUGAGCUGAAGAGGAAAAUCAAUCAAGCUCAUGAGCUGGUUGCUGAACAUGCCAAUCAAAUGGAAAGGGCAUUGAAGAAAAGGAGAGAACGAGAUGCACUUUUGACAUCUCCAAUUCCACUUCCUCAAGAAGUAAUCAAAUACUUUGAGAGGUACAAAAGCCAAACUCUUGCAGCUUGGUUGGAAGAUAACACGGAUCUGGAUCUGGAUACACUUGUAGAUCUUCACAUUGAUAUUUUUGGAGCUAUAGAAAGGAAAUUUUCUGCAAUGAUGAAUGAAGCAAGCAAAAGUAAUGUCUUUAACUAUGUCAAGUCAAUAUCCUCAACAGCAGAAACAAGAGUGAAUGAAAUACUAUACAUGUACAUUCCCAAAAUGAUUGAAAACUUUCAAAUGAAUGAUGAACCACAAAUGGAGACCUAUCUUGCAGAAAAAAAGUUAAAAUUUUGGUGUAACUCAAAUUUAGAAAGAGUGGAGUUCUUUAAACAUUUUCUAUCGAUGAAACUUGUUGCCAAGCCAAUGCAUUUUGAUUUUCAGCUUCCUCAAGAAUUGGAAGUAAGCAAAAUUGAUCAAAAAAUACAUUUACAAAAUCACUUGGAUUUACAAUCUGGAAAAAUAGAUAAAGUGAUUCUACCACGUUUGGUAUUUGAUGAGGAUGGAAGUACAGCCUUGGAAGGAUUAUACUUGGUUAAAUAA